GCCCGCCCGGGCGCAAGGCGGCAUGUAGCUGUGCGCUCCCGCGCCCGCGCGAGGGUUUCGGCCCGGGGCCCCGCCAUGGCUGGGAAGGACAGUGGGAACCUGAAGACGGUGAGGCUGUGGCGGGACGCCGCCCUGCGCGCCAGGAAGCUGCGGAGCAACCUGCGCCAGCUCACCCUCAGUGCGGCCGGGGGCUGCCCUGGGACCGGGGCCGACCAGAUCGACUCCCCUGACGCCCCCCAGCUUGUGCUGCCGGCCAACAUCGGGGACAUUGAGGUGCUGAACCUGGGGAACAACGGCCUGGAGGAGGUGCCGGACGGGCUGGGGUCGGCGCUGGGCAGCCUGCGCGUCCUGGUUCUCCGCAGGAACCGCUUUGCCUGGCUGCCCCCGGCAGUGGCAAAGUUGGGCCACCACCUCACCGAGCUGGACGUGAGCCACAACAGGCUGACUGCCCUGGGCGCAGAGGUGGUGAGCGCCCUGCGCGAGCUGCGCAAGCUCAACCUCAGCCACAACCAGCUACCUUCUCUGCCCGCCCAGCUGGGCGCUCUCGCCCACCUGGAGGAGCUGGAUGUCAGUUUUAACCGGCUGGUGCACCUGCCAGACUCCCUGUCCUGCCUCUACCGUCUGCGCACCCUCGACGUGGACCACAACCAGCUCACUGCUUUUCCUCGGCAGCUGCUGCAGCUGGCGGCCCUGGAGGAGCUGGACGUGUCCAGCAACCGGCUACGGGGCCUACCUGAGGAUAUCAGUGCCCUCCGUGCCCUUAAGAUCCUCUGGCUGAGUGGGGCCGAGCUUGGCACCUUGCCGGAUGGCUUCUGUGAGCUUGCCAGCCUGGAGAGCCUCAUGUUAGACAACAACGGGCUGCAGGCUCUGCCUGCCCAGUUCAGUUGUCUGCAGCGGCUCAAAAUGCUCAACCUGUCCUCCAACCUCUUUGAGGAGUUCCCAGCUGCGCUGCUGCCCCUGGCUGGUCUGGAGGAGCUCUACCUUAGUCGCAACCAACUCACCUCAGUGCCGUCUCUGAUCUCGGGCCUGGGCCGGCUCCUUACCUUGUGGCUGGAUAAUAACCGGAUCCGCUACCUGCCGGACUCCAUUGUGGAGCUGACAGGCCUGGAGGAGCUAGUGCUACAAGGGAACCAGAUCGCUGUGCUGCCAGACAACUUUGGCCAGCUCUCCCGGGUGGGCCUGUGGAAGAUCAAGGACAACCCACUGAUCCAGCCCCCUUACGAGGUCUGCAUGAAGGGGAUUCCGUACAUCGCAGCCUACCAGAAGGAGCUGGCCCAUUCCCAGCCAGCGGUGCAGCCCCGCCUCAAGCUGCUCCUGUUGGGUCAUAAGGCUGCAGGAAAGACCUUGCUCCGUCACUGCCUCACUGAGGACAGAGUGGAAGGACAGGAAGGAAGGGAUAAGGAGAUGAGCUACCCACCUUCACCUCCACCCGUGAGCAAAGGCAUCGAGGUGACCAGCUGGACAGCUGAUGCUUCCCGAGGCUUGCGAUUCAUCGUGUAUGACUUAGCUGGAGAUGAAAGUUACGAGGUGAUCCAGCCCUUCUUUCUCUCCCCAGGGGCCCUUUAUGUGCUGGUGGUGAACUUGGCCACCUAUGAGCCACUGCGCUUUCCCACCACAGUGGGCUCCUUCUUGCAUCGGGUAGGGGCCCGGGUGCCUCACGCUGUAGUUUGUAUUGUGGGCACGCACGCAGACCUGUGUGGGGAGCGGGAGCUGGAGGAGAAGUGUCUGGACAUUCACCGCCAGAUCGCCCUGCAGGAGAAGCACGAUGCUGAGGGGCUCAGCCGUCUGGCCCAGGUGGUGGAUGAGGCACUGGCCCGGGACUUCGAGCUUCGCUCUGCCAGCCCCCAUACAGCCUACUAUGGUGUUUCGGACAAGAACCUGCGGCGGCGCAAGGCCCAUUUUCAGUACUUGCUCAACCACCGGCUGCAGAUCCUCUCCCCCGUGUUGCCUGUGAGCUGCAGGGACCCUAGGCAAUUACAACGCCUUCGGGACAAGCUGUUCUCCGUAGCUGAGCACCGGGAAAUCUUCCCCAACUUACACAGAGUGCUGCCUCGGUCCUGGCAGGUGCUUGAGGAACUGCAUUUCCAGCCACCUCAGGCCCAACGGCUUUGGCUAAGCUGGUGGGACUCGGCCCGCCUGGGUCUGCAGGCAGGUCUGACCGAGGACCGGCUGCAGAGCGCCCUGUCCUACCUGCACGAGAGCGGCAAGCUACUCUACUUCGAGGACAGCCCAGCCCUCAAGGAGCACGUAUUCCACAACCUCACGCGCCUCAUUGACAUCCUCAAUGUCUUUUUCCAGAAGGAUCCUUCCUUGUUGCUGCAUAAGUUGCUCCUAGGAACCAGUGGAGAGGGAGAGGGCGAGGGGGAAAGCUCCCUUGUGAUGUCACUGCCCACCCCGAGCCAGGACUUGCUUCCCGCCACCCAGCUCCAUCAUUACGUGGAGGGCUUUCUGCUUCAUGGGCUCUUGCCCGCCCAUGUUAUUCGGCUGCUGCUUAAGCCUCAUGUCCAGGCCCAGCAAGACUUGCAGCUGCUGCUGGAGCUGCUGGAAAAGAUGGGACUCUGCUACUGCCUCAAUAAACCUAAGGGCAAGCCUUUGAAUGGGUCCACAGCCUGGUACAAAUUCCCAUGCUAUGUGCAGAACGAGGUGCCUCAUGCAGAGGCCUGGAUUAAUGGGACCAACCUGAGCGGGCAGUCUUUUGUGGCUGAACAGUUGCAGAUUGAAUAUAGUUUUCCCUUCACCUUUCCACCUGGGUUGUUUGCUCGCUACAGCGUACAGAUCAACAGCCAUGUGGUGCACCGGUCAGAUGGGAAACUUCAGAUCUUUGCAUAUAGAGGGAAAGUUCCUGUGGUGGUGAGUUACAGACCUGCCAAAGGGGUCCUGCAGCCAGAUACUCUGUCCAUUGCCAGCCAUGCAUCAUUACCAAAUAUAUGGACAGCAUGGCAAGCCAUAACCCCCUUGGUAGAGGAACUGAAUGUUCUACUUCAAGAAUGGCCUGGACUGCACUACACCGUGCACAUUCUCUGUUCUAAGUGCCUUAAGAGAGGGUCGCCCAAUCCACACGCUUUCCCAGGGGAGCUGCUGAGUCAGCCCAGACCAGAAGGAGUGGCAGAGAUCAUUUGCCCCAAGAAUGGCAGUGAGCGAGUGAACGUUGCCUUGGUUUACCCACCUACACCGACUGUGAUCAGCCCCUGUUCCAAGAAGAACGUUGGUGAAAAGCACAGAAACCAGUGACUUUUAUGGCUGUGGAAUUUCCGUGGAGAAAAGAGAGCAUAAGAACUCACCUGGACCAUCUUUCGCACCUGGUAAACCCUCCACACUCCCAGUGUGUUCCGUGAACUCGAGUGCAUAGGUGUUCAGGGUGCUUUCUGAGGAGGGGCACGCCUGGCCUGCACAUGAGGUGGGAGGGGCGGGGGACGGAUGGGAGAGAAUAUGGAGCAAAUGUUUUACAACCUGAACCUCAGAACUGUGAUCCUCCAAGGAGAGCGCUACUUGAAGAAAAGAAAAAAAAAGUCGAACGGCUUCUCAGGGAUUUUGUUUUCUGUGCACAUAUAAGCCAUAGUUCCAGUACAGGUGGCAGUAUUUAGAGCACUCAGAUUUCAGUUCUGUUAAAUGUGAAAGAAGGAUCGACUGACCAUUCAUUGCUGUUCCGUAACUAGUGUAAAAUAUGUAUAUGUUUAUCUUUAUUUUUAUAAUAUGCAAAAACAUUUAAAUUUAUACAGUUUGAAGCUUCUAGCGUUAGUUAACACUGGGUGCAAUAUUCUGCAUGAGAACUGUGCCAAGAUGGGGCUGAUUUCUUAUUUUUAGCAUAUGACUUUUUUGUUCAUUCUUUAUACUUUAAUUCUUCUCAGAUUAAAAAAAAUAAUAAUAAGACACCAAUCUGCCCAUGGCUUAAGUUUUGGUUCACAGAGAGGCUGCCAGCAACCUGCAGGAAUGUUCAAGGUGCACGUCAGGCAAUGCUCCCUCUCCUCUCAAUCACAGAUCCCUAUAAGCGUUGAGCGGGGUAGUGGGAUUAUUCAUUUUCUUUACCCACAUGUCACUAGUGCUGGGCAGCAUUCUUUGCUGCAGGCUUUCAUGCUGAUGGUGGGCUGUCAGUGGGUAAUGCUCUGAUGGAAGUCUGGUGUUGGGAUUCUUCAGCGGAAAGGGACAGAGGGGUCAACCAGUCCAUGGAAAACCUGAGUAUUUCAGUAGCUUAAGAUAAUCAGGAGUCAGUUGGAAACACACAAAGAACUCUGGUAAUGAGUACUUUUUUUUUUUUUUCCUAGAACGGAGUCUAUGAAAUUUAGCAGAGCACUUUGAAAGCUCUCCACAUCUGGCUGUCAGACAUUAGAUAGUAAAUGGCCUAAUUGGAGAAGCAUAAUCCCACAUUGGUUAUUUAUAAAUACAGAGCCUCUGAUUGCCAAGAACUAGUAAAACUCUUCUUUUAAAAUCUCCAUGAAGCAAAAUUUAAAAAGCAAACCAAACAAAUUGCUUUCUCUUCUACUCCUGAUUGGGGCCAAACAGCAUCUGCUGCAAUAGUAACACAUUCUAGUCUUUGCGGGAUGUAAAGGACUCUGUUUACAUCUGCCUCCUCUGUGGUGUUGAUUGAAAAUGUGUAAGACAGGAAAAGUGAGUCAGUUGGUAUUAUUCUUUUACUUCUUUUAUAAAGUAUUGACUCUUGCAAUGCCACAGUAUACAACGUCGCAAAAGAUUUUUAAAAGAAAUAACAAACAAGCAAGCACUGCAUUGCAAAAAAAUCAUAGAUCUAUUUUUGUGGAAUAUUUUAUGCCCUAGGAGUUAACUUCACUAACCCCAGAACUUCCAGUUAAACAAGUAUGAUUUCUUAUGAUCAUAAAAUCAAGUGGGAUCAGACUAUUUCUGCAUUUUUAAAUACUUACUUGAACAUAACACCUCAAAUUUGGGAUUUUUUUCUCUUAGAACACAGUCACAAAAUUAAUCUGGUUAAUCCUUUUGUCACAGUUCUCGUGUGUGUGCAUGUGCGUGGAUGCGUGUGUGUAUAAGUGUAAACUGAUUGCUAACAUUUAAUUGCUUCAUGGACCAUUAAAUCGUUGGGCAUAAAAUUUUUUAAUUGGCAUGAGACAGUUCCUAAACUGUCAAAGUAACCGAUUUUGACCACUCUUUUGAAAAGAUUUUUAAGCGUGUGACUUUGAGCUAACUCUCCAGGGGACCAUAUUAAAUGAAAAAAAAAAUGCUACUUUGGGUGGCAUACCCCGAAAAGUGCGUGUUGUUAUUAUGAACAUAAACGCCCACGUUCUUAAUAUCUGCUAUUUUUUGACAAGUGAUGUUUUGUGCUGUCAUCUGAACCCUAGAGAAGCAAUGUAAGAAGAAGUCUUGGUGUCACAUGUGUUUAAGCAAAAAAGUCGUGGUGACAGAGGGUCAUGUGACCAAAAGCAGCUCCAGUAAAGCUUGAGAACUUGCUUCAGGGUGGAGGAAGGGUCGGAGAUACAGAAAACACUCUGCUCUACAGGAAUUUUCACUGUCUAUGCAGUGAAAUUCUUCUUUCGACACCUGGGAAGACUCAGCCAGCCGAGGCUGACAGGCAAUUCACUGAGCACAAGGGGAGUCUUCCAGCCAUUAGUCCCUGGCCUCGCAAGAAAAAAAAAAAAGCCUUCCAAGUUUGUUAUCGUUUCUAUUCCUGCAACUUGUGGUAUCAAAACUACUUCCUGGAAUUGUAAAAGUGCUGCCAGAAUAAAUGUUUUUCCCCCUUCCAAGAAAGAAAGAAAUGACAUUGCUCAGAUUUGAUACUUGAGUGGUGGACUCUUUUGAAUGAAUAAAAAUGGAAAAGGGUUGGUGUCAUUCCUGAUGAGGUAUGUGUUAUUUUUCAUGCCACAGUUUGUGAAUUGUAAUUGCGGUUUCCCAUUUAAUUGUCGUAACUGGGCAGAAAAAAAAAUUUUUUUUUAAGGUCAAUAAAAAUACAAAUGGUUAAGCAAUUAUA